GUUGGGUGUGCAAUUUGGAAUUCAAAGGGGGCGAGCCCAUUGAGUAUAAGUUUGUUAUUGUGAAUAAUGAUAAGACUAAGAAAUGGAAAGGUGGAGAUAAUCGAGUUGUGAAGCUUCCAAAACAAGGGAGUUUUGGAAUUGUUUGUCAUUGGAAUGCAACAGGAGAGGCUGUGAAUUUAUUGGCGUUGGAGGAAGGAGAGGCUGUAAUUGACAAUGGGUCUACAACUGCUGAUGCUCCUUCUGCUUCUCUUUCAGAGGUGGAGACGAGUCCUUUUGUUGGGCAAUGGCAGGGAUAGGAUAUCUCCUUCAUGCGCUCAAAUGAGCAUCGGGACCGUGAAUCAGAAAGAAGGUGGGACACCUCAGGUCUUGAAGGACUGGCUUUAAAAUUUGUUGAAGGUGAUAGAAAUGCAAGAAAUUGGUGGAGAAAGCUUGAAAUUGUACGUGAUCUAUUACUUGAAAACUCGCAAAGUGAGGAACGAUUGGAUGCGCUCAUUUAUGCUGCCAUCUAUUUGAAGGUAAAGAAGAAGGGUGAUAAAGAUGAGAGGAAGCUCAAGAGAAGGAUGACUAAUCCAAUGGAUUCUAUUUUUCUUUUUAUUAAUGGGCUUUGAUGUUUGUGGAUUUUAAUAUUUUUUUGGU